CGUGCAUGCCGGGAGUUGCGGUGCGCCCUGGGCUGCAGUAGGUGCUGUGGGGCUGAGAAGUCGUUGAGCAUCCUUGGGUCCUCACCGGCGGCGGAGGCCGGCUUUGCCCGGUUUAGGCAGGCUUGACUAGGAAGAGGAUUUGAAUUAAUCGAGAUGAGCAGUCGUAAAACCAAGAAUAACGUACAUGCAGAGUGUCUUUCCCAGGUACAAAGAAUUUUACGUGAAAGAUUUUGUCAUCAUAGUCCACAUAGCAACCUAUUUGGAGUGCAAGUACAAUACAAGCAUUUGAUUGACCUACUCAAAAGAACUGCUAUCUAUGGAGAAAGUAAUUCUGUACUCAUUGUUGGACCACGAGGAUCAGGAAAGACCACAUUAUUAAAUCGUGCUUUGAAAGAACUCAUGGAAAUAGGAGAAGUGAGUGAAAGUGUGUUGCAAGUUCACUUAAAUGGACUCCUGCAGACAAAUGAAAAAAUUGCUCUGAAAGAGAUCACAAGACAAUUAAAUCUAGAAAAUGUAGUUGGAGAUAAAGUUUUUGGAAGCUUUGCUGAGAACCUUUCAUUUCUUCUGGAAGCUUUGCAAAAAGGUGACCGGACUAGCAGUUGCCCAGUGAUCUUCAUACUGGAUGAAUUUGAUCUUUUUGCUCAUCAGAAAAAUCAAACACUCCUUUAUAAUCUUUUUGACAUUUCUCAAUCUGCACAGACUCCGGUAGCAGUUAUUGGCCUUACAUGUAGAUUGGAUAUUUUGGAACUCUUAGAAAAGAGAGUGAAGUCACGAUUUUCUCACCGGCAGAUACAUUUAAUGAAUUCAUUUGAUUUUCCACAAUAUUUGAAAAUAUUUAAAGAACAAUUAUCUCUACCUGCAGAAUUCCCAGAUAAGGUUUUUGCCGAGAGAUGGAAUGAGAAUGUUCACUGUCUCUCAGAAGAUUCAACUGUGCUUGAAGUUCUACAGAAACAUUUCAGUGUCAACAAAAACUUGCAGUCAUUACAUAUGCUAUUGAUGCUUGCUUUAAAUCGAGUAACCGUAUCACACCCAUUUAUGACUUCAGCAGAUCUGAUGGAGGCACAGCAUAUGUGUAGCUUGGAUUCUAAGGCGAAUGUUGUACAUGGUCUGUCAGUCUUGGAAAUCUGUCUUAUAAUAGCAAUGAAACAUUUAAAUGACAUAUAUGAAGAGGAGCCCUUUAAUUUUCAAAUGGUAUAUAAUGAAUUUCAGAAAUUCAUUCAAAGAAAGGCCCAUUCUGUUUAUAACUUUGAGAAACCUGUGAUCAUGAAGGCAUUUGAGCACUUACAACAAUUGGAAUUAAUAAAACCUGUGGAAAGAACUUCAGUAAAUUCUCAGAGAGAAUACCAGCUAGUGAAACUACUUUUGGAUAAUACUCAAAUUAUGAAUGCUCUACAGAAAUACUCCAACUGCCCUACAGAUGUUAGGCAGUGGGCAACAUCCUCACUAAGCUGGCUCUGAAGAUUUCAAGUACAUUUCUGUGAAGACCUAAAAGUACUGCUCUUUAAUAAGAUAUGCUACUACAUUGCUUUGUUUAUAAAUAUUGUUUAUGGGAGAUUUGCACUUAGUAUCUUGGCUAUGUUUUGAACAAUGACCACACAUGGACACAGUUUCAUUAAUUUAAAUUGCACCACACUCAUAAGAAUAAAAUGUGCUUAUUUUACGCAUGGUCCAUAAAAUGAUUUGAUACUCUU